AUGGGAGCUGAGGACGUGGAUCUGGAGAGCGCGUGUUUCCUGGGGGUCCCGGGUCCCAGCCCAUCACCAGAUGUGCACGGGACCCCUGAGGAAGAAGUAUUUGCUGAGCACGUCACGUCCUACACUCCUGACCUCCUAGGGAAGAGCCUAGGACAGGGCUCUCCUCUGACUCCAAGCCCGGGAACAGGAGCUGGGACCUGUGUUUGGGAGUUUGUAGUGGGCCAGGCAAGAGGGACAGGUGGUCCUCUCCCGGGCGGCGGUGCCCCCUGGCACCUUCAAAAUGUUCUCAGCGACUCAGUGGAGAGCUCGGACGAUGAAUUCUUUGAUGCUAGAGAGGACAUGACUGAAGGGAAGAAUGCCAUCCUCAUUGGGAUGAGCCAGUGGAAUUCAAAUGACCUGGUGGAGCAGAUUGAGACCAUGGGAAAAUUGGAGGAGCAUCAAGGGGAGCUGUACCGGGUUUCUUUGAGAAGACAGAGGUUCCCAGCCCAGGGGAGCAUCGAGAUCCACGAAGACAGUGAGGAAGGCUGCCCUCAGCGCUCCUGCAAGACGCACGUCCUCCUGCUGGUGCUGCAUGGGGGAAACAUCUUGGACACAGGCUCGGGGGACCCGUCCUGCAAGGCGGCUGACAUCCACACCUUCAGCUCCGUGCUUGAGAAGGUCACCCGUGCCCACUUCCCUGCUGCCCUGGGCCACAUCCUCAUCAAGUUCGUCCCCUGUCCUGCCAUCUGCUCCGAGGCUUUCUCGCUCAUUGCCAACCUGAGCCCCUACAGCCAUGACGAGGGCGGCCCCAGCAAUAGCCAGGACCACGCCCCCCUGGCCGCCCUGCCCCUGCUGGCCAUCUCCUCCCCACAGUACCAGGAUGCUGUGGCCACGGUCAUCGAGCGGGCCAACCAGGUCUAUGGAGAGUUCCUCAAGUCCUCUGAUGGAGCUGGCUUCAGUGGGCAGGUGUGUCUCAUCGGGGACUGUGUGGGUGGCCUGCUGGCCUUCGAUGCCAUCUGCUACAGUGCAGGGCCCUCAGGUGACAGCCCUGGCAGCAGCAGCCGGAAGGGAAGCAUCAGCAGCACGCAGGACACCCCCAUCGUGGUGGAGGAGGACUGCAGUCUGGCCAGCAGCAAGCGGCUCAGCAAAAGCAACAUUGACAUCUCCAGCGGUUUGGAGGAUGAGGAGCCCAAGAGGCCGUUGCCGCGGAAACAGAGUGACUCCUCCACCUAUGACUGUGAGGCCAUCACCCAGCAUCAUGCCUUCCUGUCAAGCAUCCACUCGAGUGUGCUGAAGGACGAGGCUGAGCUCCCCGCAUCUGGGGCCCAGCUCCCGGAGGUCAGCCUGGGCCGCUUCGACUUUGACGUGUCCGACUUCUUCCUCUUUGGCUCGCCGCUGGGCCUGGUCCUGGCCAUGCGGAGGACAGUGCUGCCUGGGCUGGACGCUUUCCAGGUGCGUCCUGCCUGCAGCCAGGUCUACAGCUUCUUCCACUGCGCAGACCCCUCGGCCUCGCGGCUUGAGCCGCUGCUGGAGCCCAAGUUCCACCUGGUGCCACCUGUCAGCGUGCCCCGCUACCAGAGGUUCCCACUGGGCGACGGACAGACCCUCCUCCUCGCCGAUACCCUGCACGCCCACAGCUCCCUCUUCCUGGAGGGCAGCUCCCAGCACAGCCCACCCCUUCUGGACGCCCCUGCCUCGCCCUCACAGGCCCCGAGGUCCCAGCGCCUGGGGCGGAGGAUAAGUGACGGCAGCUCCCACAGUGAGAGCUCGGGGUCCUCGGACAGCCUGGCACCCGUGGGUGCCUCCCGCAUCACGGCCAAGUGGUGGGGCACCAAGCGGAUCGACUAUGCCCUGUACUGCCCUGAUGUCCUCACUGCCUUCCCCACUGUGGCCCUGCCCCACCUCUUCCACGCCAGCUACUGGGAGUCCACGGAUGUGGUUGCCUUCAUCUUGAGACAGGUGAUGCGCUAUGAGAGUGUGAGUGUCAAGGAGAGCGCUGGCCUCGAUCCUGCGGCGCUCAGCCCGGCCAACCCCCGCGAGAAGUGGCUUCGAAAGAGGACCCAGGUCAAGUUGCGGAACGUCGCUGCCAACCACCGGGCCAACGAUGUGAUCGCUGCUGAAGAUGGUCCCCAGGUUCUGGUGGGGCGGUUCAUGUACGGACCCCUUGACAUGGUCGCUCUGACCGGAGAGAAGGUACUGCACUGGCAGGACCUGGGCUACAUGAUCCUCUACAUCACCGGGCGGCCGGACAUGCAGAAGCAGCGGGUGGUGUCGUGGCUGUCCCAGCACAACUUCCCCCAGGGCAUGAUCUUCUUCUCCGAUGGGCUGGUUCACGACCCUCUAAGGCAGAAGGCCAUCUUCCUCCGCAACCUUAUGCGGGAGUGCUUCAUCAAGAUCAGUGCAGCCUACGGCUCUACGAAGGACAUCUCUGUCUACAGCGUGCUGGGCCUGCCACCCUCCCAGAUCUUCAUUGUGGGCCGGCCCACCAAGAAGUACCAAAACCAGUGCCAGUUCCUGAGCGAGGGCUACGCCGCGCACCUGGCCGCGCUGGAGGCCAGCCACCGCUCGCGCCCCAAGAAGAAUAACUCGCGCAUGAUCCUGCGCAAGGGCAGCUUCGGGCUCCACGCGCAGCCCGAGUUCCUGCGGAAGCGCAACCACCUGCGCAGGACCAUGUCGGUGCAGCAGCCAGGCCCGCCUGCCACCAACCCCAAGCCAGAACGGGCUCAGAGCCAGCCAGAGUCCGACAAGGACCACGAGCGGCCCCUGCUGGCGCUCAGCUGGGCGCGUGGGGCCCCCAAGUUCGAGUCGGUGCCCUGA